AUCGUCGUGAAUGCGGUUCGUUCACGGGGACCGCGACCAACUGUUGAACUGCGUGGCCUACAUCCGGAAAUCCCGUUACCCGUGCCACUUGUUCGGCACCACCAGACGCCAAGCGCCGCGCAUACGUGUUCGGGGGGGCCUGGCGAUCGCGUUAUUGUGUUGUUAUUAUUAUUACUAUUAUAUACGCGACAGUAACGAUUACGGAUCGGUAACGCGUUAACGUAUAAUGCCUGGCACAGACAUUUGACUCGUACUCGUAUUGCAGUGACUUGUUGUAUAGCUACAACACUCGCUUAUUGGUACAACGUUUUGUUACAUAUUUAAUUAUUAUUUAUAUUAUAUUAUUAUUAUAAAUACCUACCUCCGCGCAUUUACACGUAUACACACGCAUGUUUGGGUUACCGGGAAUUAUGGGCAAAGGUGUCUUCGGACAGAACAGCAACGGCGUCGGCAGCAAUCGGAGCCGCAACAACAACAAAAGCAAUAACAGCAGCAACGGCAACAAGAGCAAAACGCUCACGUAUCUGCUGUGGCUAGUCGGCGGAGUGUGCGGCCUGCACCAUUUCUACUUGGGCAGAGACCUGCAGGGCGUACUCUGGUGGUGCACGUUCGGUGGGUAUUUCGGAUUCGGUUGGCUCAGGGACCUGUUCUACAUCGGCGAGUACGUGGCCGACGCCAACAAGGACGAGAAGUACAUGAAAAAAGUCGACUACAUGGUCCGCGUGUACGAAAAGCCACCGUUUUCUACGGUUCGAUUCACUGGAAUGGUAGUAGUGGCUUAUCUUUUCAGUACUGUUGUAUCUCUUGCAAUACCCGAAGACAAUGUUGCAGGUCUUAGUUGGCAAUGGCUACAAAUAUUUACUCCUCUAGCUGCUGCUUUAGGUGUAUGGGCCGUGGGAAAUAUUGGUCAUGAAACAGGAUCUAUUAAAUGGCCUUUAAUAUGCGCGUACUUAGUACCCAUGGUUGGUAAUCCGUUGAAAUCAUUUAUUUUUGAUAAAUGGGGCUAUGAUAUUGAUGAAUCUACAUCAUUUGCCAUAAUGAUAUUAUCUGCAGCGUGGUCAUUUGAUCAUUUAGAAAAACGGUGGAGACCAAAAAACCAAAAGACCCCAGGCACCUUAAAGCGAAUCGUUGUGAUCAGUAUGUGCUGUUUAUUAUACAUGGCUUUAUGGAGUAGUUAUUUGUAUUUCAACGCCAAAGUGACUGAUGAAGAUGGAGACGAAGUACCAUUCCACGAGGCACUAGGUCAUUUUUUCAGUUCACCUUGGUGGUUAGAUGUAAAACAAUCAUUUAUUGAUGUAUGGCAAUUUGCCCAAGAACACGGGUGGAUGGAGACUUGGCGACAAAUAGUUUCAUUAUCUGAUCCUUCGGGUGAACAAAAUGCUUUUAAGGUGCUGGAAUUAAGGUCAGGAGCUACACAAACUGAAAUAAAAAAUCAAUGUCGAACAUUAGCAGUUAAAUACCAUCCAGAUAAAGCUAAAGAUGAUAUAACUAGGAAAGAUGUGCAAAAUCGAUUCUUCGAAGUACAGCAAGCAUGUGAACUGCUAUCAAAUAGUAGAGCUAAAAGGCGAAGAAGAAAUAAACAAUUUAAUGAAGAGCUUUAAGUUGCAAUAUUAUUUUUUUGUUAUAUACCUAUCAUAGAAUCAUAAUUAUUUAUACAUUUACUGUGAUAAAACCAAAUUGAUGUUUACUUCGACAU